CCUGGAGGUGCUCUCCAUCAUGGCGGGUGUGCUGAAGAAGACCACUGGCCUGAUGGGCUUGGCUGUUUGCGACACUCCGCACUACAGGCUAACAAUAUUGUACACAAAGAUUCCUGAUGUUCUUGAACAACUCCCUAAAAAUGCAGCAUACAAAAAAUUCACAAUGAGAAAUUCAAUGUGGUUAAAUAUGGUUAAAGCUGAACCAGAUGUUAAGAAGUUGGAAGACAAACUUGAGGGAGGUCAACUAGAAGAGGUGAUUCUUCAGGCUGAAAAGGAACUGAGUCUGGCAAGAAAAAUGCUAGCGUGGAAACUAUGGGAGCCAUUAAUGGAAGAGCCUCCUGCGAACCAGUGGAAAUGGCCAAUAUAAGCAUUAUCAAAAGUCUUUGAUGGGCUAAUGGGAAACUAAUAUAAUUAAAUGUUCUGUUAUAUUAAAAGUGUGUCUAUUCUGAUUAAGAAAAUUGACACAAGACAUACUUAGGAGACUUGUUAGUGAUUAUGGUACUCGUGUUUUGUGAAUUGUACAGUAUUCUCUCAGAUUAUUUCAAAGAUGGUAUUUCUUUGAACAGGAAAAGUGUGGUAAGAUUGGACAGUUAAUUGAUACAGUUUCUACAGAUACACUAUACACAGAGCUAAAU